CUUGACACUGCAUGGUUAUUCCAAUACGUAUGUUUGCCUCUUCUCUAACGUGUUCUCCACUCGGUUUCUCCUUGCCUAAGAUAUAUUUAAGUAUGUUUCACUGACUUUGGAUUUCUUGAUCACUUCAUUUUGCCUAUUUUGGCAGGUCUUGAGGGAAGAGACUUGGCUGCUUAACUUUGAAAAUCUCUGUUCUCGUGCACAUUAAAAGGGGCCCUCAACGAGGAUAUGGAUUGCAGGAAGUAAGAAACCUUCUGUGAAAUUUAGUGUGCUGGUGGUUGGCUCAGCUGAGCUUGGUGUCGUGGCCCUCCCUACUUGGAUAUAAAAGGCAGACUUGCAGGAAGGCGGGUGCAAGUACCCGGACGAGAGAGAGGGAACAACACACCGAAGCAGAAGCAGUGCAGCAAGACUGCAAUGCUUCAAAAGCCAAGAGAGCAGCUCAGAGUGGUGUUCCAAUAACUUUGCUGAGGAUUAUUCUCCCAAAAUGACCCCAAAGGAAGACUAGAAGGACUUGAGGAGAGUGAACAAAUCUAACGAAUGUAAUGAAAAUGCCUGCUGAAAACCUUUUGUGAUGUCUUUUCAGUUUGCUAUUAAAAUGGGCUACAAUGAACUGGAUAAAAACAUGAGAAGAUCAAAAUGGGGACUUCCCCAGCAUCUUUUCACAUAGCAGAGCAGAACGCCCUGUUUUGUGCUUCCAUAUGAUAAAUGAAUAUAAAGCUGCACCUUCUGGAAGAGAGAGUCACCCAGAGGUGUUGAUAAUGGCCAAGAAAUGGUAGCCGGAAGAAUUGCCUACCUAUUUGAACUAUGAGCGUGUCAUUUUGAUAAUUUGAUGCAUGCCUCAUAUGGACAAUGCAGGUGAAUAAGAAGCACACAGAUGGACAAAGUGAUUCCUCCAGCAUUGGGAGUUUCCUAGAUGACACAGACAGAGAAGUCUGCAGCCUCACCGAUCGAGCCUUCAAAAGCCUCUGUGUAGCUGAGCUUGAAGCAUCCUACACAGAACCGGAUGCAGUUCUUUCAUCGAAUAUCCCCUCCCAUCAGUUCACUAGCAAAUUCCUCCACAGCCCAUGGAAUCAUGUCAUCAAGAAAUCCACAGACGCCAACAAGCAAUCAGCAAAGCCUGGGGAGCAUCCAACAUUCCAGCGGUUUCCAAAGGACACUCCACGAGAGAAGGCCUGGGCAAACAUCAGCAGGAAGCCAGCUAUGCCAGUGUCUGGCCUGCACAGCUAUAAGCAUACCUCAAAAGUGUCCUCAUUGAUAAAGACCUUUGAUAGCCCGGAGUCGGUGGCCAUAAGCAAGCAGCCCACUAAAAGCCGCUCGAUAGACCACCCACUGAUGAGUGGAGGCAAUGUUACUUUCUGGGAUGGCAAAACCAUUUUAAGCAUUCAAAAAGAGUUCUCUGCACUUUCGGACACUUGCCAAGAUGCAGCAACUGCAAGGGGCAGGCAUAACCUACACAAAAGGCACGGCAGGAUGGAUCUGGACUGCCAAGGUGCACGUGGUUUCAACCUUCCUCAGGCAUAUGCGCCUGGUCUACCCAAGUUCAAUAUCGCCACUGUCUCCAAAAAGGCGGUGAAAAACAGAACUGGGAAAGCAAAAGAGCUAACCAGAAAUGUCAAUUUUCUUCACAGUGAAAACAGUGCUUUUGAAUCAUGGAAUGCACAUUACAGAAAACUGAUUGAAACAGGAGGAGCUGCAGAAAUUACGCCCAAAGGGAAAAACCUCACAUACAUUGAAGACACGCCUUUCUUUGAGGACUCCUGCACUCCUGAGCAGAAACUAACUUCCCACCAAGUCACAGCUCCUGCCAUUCUCGAACGAGAUUUCCCAGAGGCCUUUUCACAGAAGCCUCGCUCCAAAGCUGCUCUCUCUCCAGUAUCUCCAGCCCAGAUACACUUUCCUGCACUACCUAAGGCCAAAGUUACUGCUGAGCAGAUGUUGUUAGCCCAAGUACCCGAUCCGGCAGCCUCCGUGCACAAAAUUCCUACCCCCCUGUCUCUCCCAGCGCGCGCUCAUUUUCCACCAACGCUGAUCCCUCAAGUUGCUUCACCAGUACCAAGGUCCAAGGCCCCCCUUGCACCAUCAGCUGGGUCGUGGGUCUCCACUCCACCGGAAGCAGCAUCCCAGAGCCCUGAAGCACAAGCGCGGGUGCCACAAGCUACUCUGCGGACAAAGAAAACCGGUCAUUUAGAACUGAAGCCUGAGUCGGAAACUUCUCACCUCCCCUGGAGAAAGAAAAAGGUCCCCCUUGGGGAAAUGGGUUUGGAUGCCGAAACGGAAGCACCUAAGCUAAGGGAGGGCUUAUCCGAUGUCAGUCCAUUGGCUGAAGCGGCCGUGAUAGAUUCACACACAAUUUCAUCAGAACCCUCCAGUCCUUCUUUCAACAUCUCAAAACUUUUAACUCCAGUUAUACCACCCACACAGGGCAAACAGCCAACAGAAAAUCAGUUGUUGCUGGUAACUCCUCCCUUAUCCGACACUAGAGUAACCAAAGAAUCUGAUGAGAGAACACUGUAUUGUUCUCAGAACAAUUAUAAAUCUAAAGCACCAAGUUUGUUAUUCAACCUGAAGGAUAUCCGAAAACGUGUGAAAAGCACUUACAGUGCCUCUCCUCUCCCACAAGCCAAUGAAGACAGAAAGAAAAUCAAAGAACAGGAAAACAUAAAAGCAAGUGUUAUCUCAACCGGUGUGCUAGAAGAUGGCAGCGUGAAAUUGGUAGAGGAUUAUGAGAAAGGCCACAGAGCUUCUGGACAAAUGGUCAGUGCCAAGGAGGAGGACAGUGCCGCCCAUUUAAAUGGGAAUCUCACAGGCAAUUAUCUGACUUUGCAUUCACCCAUCUCAAGAGGAGAUAGUUUGAACUACCAAAACAGGGACAGUGUUUGGCAAGGUAAUCUGGUGGAUGUGGAGGACUCUGUGACAGGACUCCACCAAAAUGAUCACAGGGCCAGACGACGUUCUCCUUCACCCAACGCCUACUUUGCAGAUGAGUCAAUGGAGCAGGAAGUGUGCAUGCAAAGUGUUUGUUUGCAAAAUCUGAAAAAUAUCAGAGAUACUGCAAGGCAGAAUACUGAUGUUGGACCUCACACAUCCCCCCGUUUAUUUUUCGCUGCUGAAGAAGGCAUGAAUAACAACGAAUACCAGGUCUGCCUGCUAACCGGGCAUGAACGCAAAGACAAAAGAAGCACCAGCUCUUCUGAGCAAUCGUUCGUGUCUAUGACAGAUCAGCCCUUUAAUGAGUCACCUUCUUCUCUCAUGCAGCUCUUUCAGAAAGCGUGCCUUCAAGAAAGCCAGAGGAAUGACAUGAGCAGAGAAGAAAAGGUGGAAAGCAAAGAAAAAGUGAAAGAAGAAAGGGAAAGGAGAUCGCAUGACGACCUUUUUACCAACUGUAACCCUAGUGCAAACUGGAAGUGUGAGAGGAAAAAAGAGCAGAGUGAAAAUGAGGAUGCAGCGCAAGAAAGAAUGGUCAUGGAGAAGAAAGACGACGGGUGGCAAGGCGUGGAUUCUGCUUCGGAAGGCAAGUCGGAGGAGCAACUGACACCAACUUCAUCCCUUUCCUUUAAGCCUAAUUUGUUCAUGAUUAAAGACAACACAUUUAAGUCCUCACCUGUGACAAAAGCAGUCAAACUGCCUCUCCUCAGGUCUUUGUCCUGCGAAGAGUUUGGCAGCCACAGUGAGGCUGAAAUGCAGGCGUAUGGGCCCAUUCGGGCCACUCAAAAUACUCAAGAGAGGGACUUGCCUGUGCCAAGAUGCAGGAGCCAGCAGAAUGCAAGGGACGCGACUCACAGCAGAGAUGCUGAUGAGCCAGGAUCCACCCUGGUGAACGAGGGCGGCCAAGUGGCAGACAGGAGCAGCUCGGGGGCAGAGUACGCUCUCGGGGAAGGACUGGGCAGCUUUUAUGCACAGGAGCUGGUGGGGGAUGAUGCGGGAACUAAUGUGACAUCAGUGUCACCCCAGAAAGAUUUGAAAGGGAGUGGGAAAUUGGCCAAAGCCAAAAAAAAGACUAGAACCGGAAAACUGAGGCCAAGUUCUGCCAGUCAGCUAAACCUUGUUUUUGAAGGUGACCUGGCACAAAGCAAGCAACCAUCUCCUACAAGAGGACGGACAAAUUAUUUCAAAAGUAACCCCCUUUCUAAAUACAGAGGUGGCUCUUGUGCAAAAAAAAUAAUAAGUCAAGAGAGAAGCUCUCCCAUGGUAUUGGGGAGCCAGGCAGGUUCUCCUGCUUCCGGCGAUGGCUUUGUAGAUGCUUCAGCCACAGCAGGCAGCUUAGCGGGUCCUGCUGCUCCAAGGCCAGACAGCACGAGGCCAUCGGCCUUUGCAACACCACAGCCAGCUGCAGCAGCCACGUCCAGUGUAUCGCAGCCUGAAAAGGGGGCACACGUUCCUUCACUACGUGAAAGCAGAGAUAAGCCUCCUGCCGUGGAAACGCCGGAUUCGCUGCAGGCGACGGAGCCCUCUGGAGAGGACAACGGCAGUCCUCUUGUGAGCGGCCUGAUGGGUCGAAUGGCCAAGACGGCAGCCAAGCCCCCUGCUGUGCCACCGAAAACAGAAAAAGCUUUACGGAGGGCCAAGAAAUUGGCAAGUCGGAGGAAAAAAAUGGAGGCGCAGCAGAAGCAGCUUCAGGAUGAGCCCGCAGACACGACGCCCUUGCCGCCAGCCCAGCCUCCACUCCCCACAGCAGGCUCGAGUUCUCCCUUGGCACCUUUGGACUCUAACUCAGUGAGGCUGCAGCCUGGCCCCCCAUUAAGCCCCACACAUUCUUUACCUGCAAUGCAGCGCAAGCUCCUUCAGGAUCCAGAUUCAGGAGAGUAUUUUAUUGUAGAUUUACCCGCUCAGUUAAAGACCUUUUAUGAUCCAGAAAGUGGCAGGUAUGUGCAAGUCUCAGUUCCGCCUGCAGACAAGACCUGGGCUCAAGCGCCCGCCUCAGAGCUGCCCCCUUCUCCUUACGUCUUGUGCCCCAGUGCUCUCCCUCCUCGGGUUUCGUCUGUCCCACUCAUGGCAUCGCCUUCUCAGCUUUCUGGACCUGCCUCAUUUCAGCGAGGCGCACGCACAGGAUCCGCUGCAGGCUGGCUGCCCAGCGACCUGAAUCCAGAACCUCCAGAAGGCCCCUGGGCCCUUGAGCCCGCCCUGCUGGAGGCUCCUAGCCAAGAGGUGAAUGAGUCACGACGCGACUUUGGAAAGGAUACAAGCCUUCCUGCUACCGCUGCUGAUGUAAUUUCAUUUGGUGCAGCUGAAGAUUUUGUGGUUGAAGGUGCACUGUGAGCAUGCAGGUGUUCAUCAUGGUUUUAGAGACCUAGGUAGGGCGUCUGAAUGCAAGCGCACCCUCUCUAAUGUAGGUACCCAUGUAAAAGGCUGGAUCUGGGCGCAGUCAGGGCAGGAGGAAACCCGGGCGACUGUCUCCGAGGCAACGAAGCCCAAACUAAAAGCAAGGCAAAGACUGUGCAGCCCAAAAGCUCUGGUGCGGCCGCCCAUCUUAUGGAUCAAGCAACAGCAUGACGUGGGAUGGAGAGAAACGGGGGACAGAUUCUCUGUGGGAAAAAUCACAAGGCUCAAAUUUUUUCUUGGCAGUGGCUGACACAAGCUCCCUGGUGACAAGAAUCAAACGUAGGAAUGAGAAUUCACUUUUUGUGUACUUAGAAAAAGCAAAUGCAUUAACACAGGUCUUUCCGAAACUUUACCAUGGAUUCACGAGUGUCCUGGUAGAAUUGCAUGGUAUACACCAAAGUGUUGCUGGACAGUCUAAUUAGGACACAUCCUCGCAUGUAUGUUCCAUACCUCACGGUCAGUGGAAAACGUGGGCUAGUGAGUUGAAAGAUACGUGUUCACUCUCUAUUCACCGAGGAAUCUGCCACUUUUCGUUUUUUCUGUUUUUCAUUGCCUUGACCGUAUUGCCACUGACACUUCCCUUUUCUUUGGAUCUGGUACAGGUUUGUGUCCCUCAAACAAAAAGAGUAAUGAGGCAGAAUUUGUCUAGAAAAUGAACACGGAGAGGAAGACUGGAGACCCUAAAUCUAAAACUCACUGAGAUUCACUUAACUGUCCAACACCACGUCAUGAGACCACUUACACCUCUUAGCAUGACGGCCUCCAAGCCGCGAGAAUGCAGCAAUGCAACCAGUGUGGCAAAGCAGGCGGCCAUUCCCAAGGUUUCCUAGGUGCUUGUGCAGCACCAUCUAUCAGGAGCUCCAUAUGGCAGUGCAAGCUUCUCCAACCAGGUGCCCCCUAGAUGUUUCCUACUAUGGACUCUGACCAUGCUUGCUGGGGCCGAUGGGAGGAAGGUCCAAAUAUCUGGAGGACACUAGUUUGGUAGUGGUACGGAGCAUCUGCUAACCUGUCCACUAUCAUAGAAAUGUAUUAACUUAUAAUAGUCACCUCAGUGACGAAGGUCACUGGAUGAUCUUUGUGAUGGACGUUGGCCACCCAAAUUUUCAUUUUUAAAUAAAUCGCAUUCUAAUGCCCAUGGUAUGGGAGAUACAUUUGGAAAUACGAAAGCACUCAUCACAAAAAGGUCCAGUGAUGCAGAGUUUUGGGAUUUUUAUGACCUCUAAAGCUACCUGCCUUUCCCUCAAGAACUCUUCUGUUCUGCCCACACACAUCCAGCACUCACUGCUUAUUUGCCCUGACCACCAUAAGAGCAGUGUGAAAAAGAAAUCCUGCAAAACGUUGCAAAAUUAGGUUUGCAAUAAUCAUGGAAGUAUUAGCAAUGGUGCAAAACAAAAGUACACUUUUGAAUUGGGGGCGAGGAUGAUGCAUCUUGGUUAUGGUUCAAUGUAUAAUAUUAUAAAUUUAUUUUUCACUGCA